GGUGGGCGGCAGGGGCGGGGCGGGGCAUGGUAACGGCUCCGCUGCCGACCCGGCUGGGCCGCAGCGAGGCGGGGGAACCGGUGUCCGCUACCGCCGCCUCUCCAGCCCGUCCCGCGCUGCCCACGCGGGCCCCGCCUCGGCCAUGAUGAUCCACGGCUUCCAGAGCAGCCACCGGGACUUCUCCUUCGGGCCCUGGAAGCUGACGGCCGUCAAGACCCACAUCAUGAAGUCGGCGGACGUGGAGAAGUUAGCCGAUGAGUUGCACAUGCCAUCCCUUCCUGAAAUGAUGUUUGGAGACAACGUUUUAAGAAUCCAGCACUGUUCUGGCUUUGGGAUCGAGUUCAAUGCCACAGACGCUUUGAGAUGCGUGAACAACUACCAAGGGAUGCUGAAAGUGGCCUGUGCGGAGGAGUGGCAGGAGAGCAGGACGGAGGGGGAGCACUCCAAGGAGGUGGUGAAGCCGUACGACUGGACCUACACAACAGACUAUAAGGGAACGUUACUCGGAGAAUCACUCAAGUUAAAGGUCGUGCCCACGACAGAUCACAUAGAUACAGAGAAACUGAAAGCCAGAGAACAGAUUAAGUUUUUUGAAGAAGUUCUCCUGUUUGAGGAUGAGCUUCAUGAUCAUGGAGUUUCAAGUCUAAGUGUGAAAAUUAGAGUAAUGCCCUCCAGCUUUUUCCUGCUGUUGCGGUUUUUUUUGAGAAUCGAUGGAGUGCUCAUCAGAAUGAACGACACGAGGCUGUACCACGAGGCCGACAAGACCUACAUGUUGCGGGAAUAUACAUCACGAGAGAGCAAAGUUGCUAAUUUAACGCACGUCCCGCCGGCCUUCUUCACCGAGCCCAACGAAGUGGCGCAGUAUUUACCGAUCAAGGAGGCCGUCUCUGAGAAGCUGGUGUUUCCAGAAAGGAUUGAUCAUAACCCCGAAGGCUCACAGGAAAAUGCCCCCGUGGAGUAGAACGCAACGCGCCACAUGCUCACUGUGGAAUCUGGUGGAGACCUUGGCUGCGUGGACGGGGGUAUCUUUAUUAGGAGAAUUAAUUGCCUUGUCUAUGUGCAGAUUUUCAGUAGCCUGAAAGGAAAAAAAUAAAAGAUCAUUGCAGGCAGGUUCCACCCAAUUGCUGUUUGUACCGUCUGUCUUCAAAUUCAUAUUCCAGAUUUAUGUCUCCUGGAAUUAAACUCGGAUUUCUAAGUUGUGACAACGUGGGCCGUCACUAGUGGUGAUGCGUGUGUGUCUCAGGAGCAGGGGGUGUGAUCUGUACCUUUCAUGAAACACUGUCUCUCCCCAUGAGAAGGUCAGCGUGACCCCCAGGUCACUGCCCCGCGGCUCACGGGCUUGCUGAGCGUGCAGGUGGCUGCGCUGGCCUUCCGCCCUGGGCACGGUGGCAUUGCCUCGCACUGCCAGAGAGUUGUGAUUUGCCUCCGAGGAAACUGACCUCGUAUUUUAAUAAUCUUCACCCACAAAUUAAAGAAAGAUACAUUUCCCCCUAAGUUUAAAUUGGCUCUUUCAGACAUAGAACCAAAUAACCUAGUUUUCCACAAACAUAAGCCGUGGUGCCCACGGAAGUAAACGUGGUUGGGCCCUGCUGCCCAGCCCGGCCGUGCGGCCUGGUCUCCGUCCUCGGUGCUAUUUCUGCCCUGCUUCUGCUCGUCCUGCCAUUUUUCACCUCCACCGCCCGUGCGGCCUCAGAGUGAGUGAGGGCACCAAGUAGAGUCAGUGUUGGCCCUGAAAAGUUCAACGAGUUCACAUGGAUUUUUUAGCACACAGUACAACAGGUUACAUCAGCCCCUAAAUAAUCACAUUAAUUUUUGGCUUAACAUAGGUGAGAGGUAGCCAUGGAGGAGGUGGGGGAGCUUAUUUUUAAAUAUAAAAGCCAGCUUUUCCUAUUUUAACAUUCAUGUAGUUAACAUUACAGGGACUCUGGUAAGAUUUCAUUAGUACGAGGCCUGGGUAGUACAGAAGUAAAUUUAAAAUCCACUUGGUUCUUUUGAUGAUGACCCUUUAAACAUUUUAUAUUCUUUUCUGCCUUUCUGAAUGAUCUUCAUGAAGUGGAAAGUGGCCGUAUAGCACCAAGUAAGGAAUCACUUGAAAUGGAUUUUUAAAACUAAUAUCAUCCCUUUUUCUUGGUUUAAAAUAACUAUUGUACAUAUUUCCACUUGAUGGAUAAAUUGUUAAAUAAGAAUAUUUAAAAAGUAUUAGCAGAGCUCUUCAGGUGUUACCCUGAUGAAAUGUUUUAGUAUAAUUGGUCAGUCAUUUAUCGCUCAGACCCUGGUGCGCUGCUCUGUGUGGUUAUUGACUAACUGUAUCAGCUGGAUUUGGUCACAGACGGUGUUGGUUUGUCAUCUGUUGCUUCACCCGUGAGGCAUAGGAAAUCAGGAUUCCGUUGUCUUUACAAAGAUACAUGGCAUGUUCACUGUAUAUUAGAUAUACCUCCUGUAUUUAAUGAUUUCUCUUAGGACAGGAAAGUAUACAUACUGUUCUCAGCUUUCGGUUUUAUUUUAUUUGCCAUGCAGAUUUAAACAAUGGAUAUCUUAUUCAUACAAAUUAUAGAUGAAAAACUCGUGAGAAUAUUCAUUAGUUGAAGUUUCUGAGCAACAUCAUAUAUAUAUAUUUUUAAACUUGAUUCAGAUGUCUUAGUCCUUGAGUCAGCCUUAGAUUGCUUAUUUUGCUCCACUGUUAAAAAUUGUAGGGAAUUAAAAGAAUUGACCUUUUUUUUUUAAUAGAAGAUGGGUGAUACAUAGGAGAAUGUACUUCUGAAAAUGUCAUGAGUUUAUACCUGCAGAAAAUACCAAGAAAACCUGUUUCCCCAUUGCUAAAUAAGGCACAUACCAUUUUAUAUUUAUUUGUCCCAAGUGUCUUUUGUAAGAGAAUAAACAAUAAAGAAUUAUUGAUGUUUUGCUAUUUCAUUUACUUCAGUUUUUCUUAAAGCUUAAUUAAAAGAAUGGUUUGGAAUA